CGCACCAGCAACUUUCGGUCCUUUUGUUAACUUGUGCGCUGCCCUGACCUUUCGAGACAAAUGACUGCCUUUUUUUAAGGGAAAUCCCCAUAAUUCGCCUUUAAACACUUCACGCACUUCUCCCAACCCACCUUAACACCCCUCCCCCCAAAAACGUAACGUACUACGCGGGCAAAACGCGCGACCUACCCUAAUCCCGAUGAUCAUUUUCAAACCAAGUUGGAUCACUCAUUCAGAUCGUGCCAAAGGCGUUAAGCCUUGCGUAUAUUCUAUUCAUGUCCAUCCUGACGGAAAACGAUUAGCUACAGGCGGAUUAGAUGCCACUGUUAAAAUAUGGAGCACGGAACCCCUUUUUGACGAAGUAGCAGAACAGAAUCCCGAUUGCCAUCAAUUGCUGUGUACCAUGCAACGACACAGUGGUGCGGUGCUUUGCGUUCGGUGGUCUAACAAUGAUGGACGCUACCUUGCGUCUAGUUCGGAUAAUGAUAACGUUAUCAUUGUAUGGGAACUCGACAGAGAUGCAAGUUCAGAAGUAGUGUUUGGCAGUGCCGCAGUAAACCACGAGCCUUGGCGACCUGUCAAAUAUCUUCGAGCACACGAAUCUGACGUUCAAGAUUUAGCGUGGUCCAAGGAUAAUCAAUACUUGGCUUCUUGUGGCGUCGAUGGUGUAGUAGUAGUAUGGAAUGGGUCGGAUUUCUCACAAGUCACAAAAAUCGAUCAGAAUGGAGGAUUUGUUAAAGGAGUAACAUGGGAUCCUGUGGGCAAAUACUUGGCAUGCCAGUCCGAUGAUAAAAUGCUGAAAAUAUGGCGCACAUCUGACUGGGGACUUGAGCAAGAGAUUAAAGCACCCUUCAUCAAUGCACCCGGCACAACACUAUUUCGACGGUUGAGUUGGUCACCGAACGGUUCGCAUAUUGUCGCAUCCAAUGCAGUGAAUGGUGUACAUUGUAUUGCCGCGGUAGUGUCUCGAGAGGAUUGGGCUACGGAUGUAUCUCUAGUUGGCCACCAGCUUCCGAUUGAAGUAGCAUGCUUCAAUCCAAAAUUGUUCUAUCUCCCUAAUGAAGAAGACGGCACCAACAGCAACGACAACAAUGAAGCAUCGAAAUCUAACUCCCGGGAAGCUCCUGCCACAGUGUGCGCGUUGGCCGGUCAAGAUCGCGGCGUAUCCAUAUGGGUGACUAAAUACUGCAGACCUAUUAUUGUAGCAACAGACAUUUUCGAUGGCAACGUAUAUGAUUUAGCUUGGUUCCCUGACGGACGCACACUAUUAGCAUGCUCUCAUGAUGGCACGGUGGCUUGUUUGCGACUGGACGAUACAUUUUCUCAAAGUGCAUCUGAUGAAGAGGUGCUAGAACAGUUAACACAGUACGGUUAUAGAGGUGCAAAUGGAACGGCUGCCAACGGCAUAUAUCCAGAAAGCGCUGAGCAACUCGCACGUGAAGAACAAAAUGCAAUUGCGUCUAAAACGAAGCGCAUAGCAGAUAUCAUGGGAUCAACAGCAGCAACUUCUACUACUACUGCUACAACAACGCAAGCGACAACAGAAGUACCAAUACCAGUCACCAAUAUCAGCACUAGCAGCGAUAUCAAUCGAACGACUGACAAUAAUGUCAUGGCCACUCCUAACAACAGUAAUAAUAAUAUUAGCAUCAAUAAUACUCAUGCAUCCGCAGCACUUCCAUCAUCAUCAGCAUCAGCAUCAACACGAAACGGCCUAGUUAUCGAUUCACAUAAAGCAAACCAACAAGCAGCCGUAGUAGCAUCAUCACAACCAACCGACGCAGAUUUCACCUCCUCUUCAGAAAAGCUAAACACCAUCACAGAGCAAACCGUAACCAUUGGCAAGGAUGGGAAACGAAGGAUAAAACCGGUGACUAUUCGAACCAAAACCUCCAUGUCCCCACGACCUAGUGGUUUACGAUCUAACUCACCGCAAACCAAGGUAAAGCACUUUUUGAAACUUUAUCCAUCUCCUAAAGCAUGUACAUAUCGGUUGUCAAUACAUAUAUAUAUGCACAAUAACUCAAGAAACACAUUACUUUCCUUUCUCAACAACCAGAUCCAGUUUCAGGAUGAAGCGAGACCAGCGGCAUUAAUCAUGACGCGCAAUGAUCCAACCACUGUAUAUGAAUUCCCUUCGGCCAAUAUACCAAGUACGACUGGCGUAAGAUCCAUUGCAACGGGUACAAAGCGACCUCCGGGAUCGGAAACGCAAAUGGACGUGGAUGAUAUUGAACGGACUCGCAAACGGCCUGUAUGGCUGGAUUCAGCAAUGUUACCACCGGCUGCUUUGAAGAGCAAAAUCCGAUUAGGCGUGCCCAAAGUCAAAUCCACAGUGAUCCGACCAUUACGGGAUGACGCGACAAAGGCCGUAGUCAUGGAGUGUGAUAAUCCAGCUAGAGCUGAAGACGAUUCCGACGGCGAAUCCGAUAAUGAACAGAAAUGCGCCCGGUUAACUGUCACUUUGAAAGGCCAGACAAUGUGGCAGGAUUAUUUACCGAGUGCUGUCAUGCUGAUGACCGGCAAUGGUCGAUUUUCAGCUGCCGCUUGUGAAGAUGCGAGCAUUCAUGUCUACUCGAGCGCGGGUCGAAGGAUACUCCCACCCAUGGUGCUUGAAAGCACGCCUGUUAUUUUACACUGCACUGAUCAAUGGCUUUUAUGUUUAACGUGUACUGGACUUUUGUAUACAUGGGAUGUCAUCAAAAUGACUAGCUGUCUAGAUGGCGUAUCUAUUGCUCCGGUACUCAACGUUGCCCGUUUACCAGAAAGCACAGAUGAUGAUGGCUCAGACGAGCGUCAAGACGCGCCUAGUAUCAAAGAUGUUCGGAUCCAAAAGAACGGCAUCCCAUUGCUUAUUACGAAUUAUCGACAAGCAUUUGCAUAUCAUUUGGGCAUGAAAGUUUGGAUGCGCAUCAGCGAUGCGUGGUACAUUAUCUCUGAGUUCUGGAACUCGGGCAUGGGUGCACCCACCGAUUAUCCCCUGGGCUGGCUCUCAACGGCCAUGUCAUUGAAUACAGGCUUGGAUCCACUCGGACCAGCCAUGUUGUCAUUGUUGGAGGGUAAAAAGGAGGCUGCAAGUGCGAUCACUCUAAGCCAUCUGGAGAUACAAAUUGCAGUAGCUGCGCUAUUGGAAUCACCUGUAGAGUAUCGAGAUUGGCUCAAACAAUAUGCAACACGAUUGUCCCGUGAAAACGCACAAGAAAAGGUCAAGGAAUUGUGUCGUUGGCUAGUUGGACCACCGUUUAUAUCCAAGGAUGAUCAACCGUGGGAGCCUUCAGUGCUGGGUUCGCUGUCAAAACAUGAACUCCUCAAAGAGAUACUCCCGCUACUAGGCUCAAACCGCCGACUUCAACGAACCGUGGAUGAGUUCAGCGCCUAUCUUCUUUAAUUUUCUGUACAUGUUUUAAAACUUUUACAUAAAAAAAAGGCCGUCUCCUUUUUCUUUGAACGGGCUAACCGAAAUACUACGUGAAGAAGCUAUACAAGGAUUUUUUUUUCUUUUGGCGUGUAUGUAUGUAUCUCUUUUGUACAAAAGUUGUCUCUCCAUACUUUUGGGAAAAAAUCUAUUAUAAAAGUCGUGUAGCAAAAAAGUU